ACUUACUCACCGACACCUCAGCAGUCAUCAUGUUCCGCCGUAUCUUCGACGCUUUCAACUUUAUGGGAUCCGAUGAAGAAUCUACUGCCGCCCCAGUCGAUCAAGAAGGGCAAGAGCAACUGAUUGAUGAGGACGGAUGGGUCAACUUCAACCAUCCUACAGAAUCCGGGGACAGCGACGAAUUCGCAUUCAUCGAAAAUCCGGAGAUCCUCGAAAUGGGAGACGAGACGACAAUUGAGGUGGAGAUGAGGACGACGCCUUGUCCAGAAGUUGAAGCGAUCAAGAGACGGGAAGAAUACAAUCUUGCGAAGGCUAAGACCGCAUUCAGGAAUCAUUUGGAGUCGGUGAUGUUCGCCGACCCGGAUUCCGGAAAGGAUGUUCGAACCUUCAAGUCAACUCAUGGUUCCGGACGUUCUGUGCCAACCGCCUCCGGCUCAAUUCGUCGCCUUAAUACUCAAUCCCAAAGAUCUAAGAAGUCCUCCGGAAAGAGCAAUGAUCGCAAGACGCAUCGUGUCUCGGAUCUUCAGCUCGCCGACGCUUAACUCAACAUAUUUACUCAUUUUUUAUUUUCAAAUUCUUUCAAAAUUUCUCUGAAAUUUUUUAACAUAGAGCUGGUCUCUCUCUCUCUCAUUUUUUGUACAUUUCGACUAGUGUCUAGUCUUCAUUAGACCACCCCAAUUUGUAUCUAUAUUUUCAAGGCUGUGCCUUCCAAUCAUUCAAAAAUACCCACUUUUGUACUUUCACUAUGUAUUUGUAAAAAAUCCCGAAUUUUCUUUCAAAAGACACAACAAUUGUGCCAACUACUGCUUCCUUUGCCUUAUUUUCUAAUAUUUUCACCGACCAAUAAACUGUUUCGGG